GUUCAUAGACACAUACAGUCACGGGCUUGAAACAGAACCAGGGGCAGGUCGACAGCAAGGAAACCAUAAUCAUUGAAAAUGAAAAGUACAACGUCCGUAUCCUAAUCCAAGAGGUUCUCUGGCCUACUACUGCAGCUGCGGCUAGGAUUUUCUUGAUCCACUUUCACAAUUUUGGAAAAAAGGUCAUUUGACGCGCACAAACGAAGAGUUUUCAAUCUCAGUGUCACUGGCCAACAUGUAAAUGGUGCCUGAUCCACUAUAAAGUACAUGGAAAACAUCAUCAAUCAGCAGACAGACAACUGGCUUUAACCCUCAACCUUCCUGUCUCAUUUGUCUAUGGGUUAAAGUCAAAGUCUAGCGUUUACUCGCUUAUCAUCCCGAGAGAAGCCUUAGAGAUCUGACCUUUGGGAAUCAGGAUCUGUCUCUGCCUUAUGGGACAGUGUGCACACAAGGAACUCGGAUGGGGGCACUGUAGCCAGACUGAGUUGUUGACAUAUCCGUUUUAAAAUGGAUGCAGCUUUGACCGACAGCUGCACAUCCCCUCCCAGCCCUGAUUUUAGUCUGGACUCUUCCAGUCCAUUUGCAAAUGGACUGCACUUCGAGUCAAUACUUUUUGAAGACGAGGACGAGGAUGAAGUUAUGGAUUCAGAGAUGGAGCCUCAACUGGAAGGAGCAUCAUGUGGUUCAACAAAACACCAUAAAGCAAAUGCAAAGUUGAAGACAAAAUCGAAUGUCAAGUCUGGAAAGAAAAUUUCCAAUGUUUGCACAUCUUUGGAACAAGAAGCUGUAUUUAAAGACAAGUCUACAAGUGAUUGUGGGCUUUCGUCACUUGUGAGCAGGUCUGCUGGGAUUAUAAUGACAAAAAAAAUUAAAACAAAGGCUCUACCACCAGUGAAAUAUUUGGAGGGCGAAGUAAUAUGGGCUAAAUUCAACCGUAGACCAUGGUGGCCAUGUCAGGUGACUGUUCACCCAGUUGAGGGAGUUUACCACAGAAGUAAAGAGCCACCAGACAGAACCAACCGUCAGUAUUUCCUCAAGACAUUUGGGGAACCUGAAGAACAGGCAUGGGUCCCUGAGCGAUCUACUCAUAUAUUUGUGGGUGGAUAUCAGUUUAACAAUCUCCCCUUUGUGAGAGGAAGUGGACGCCAACAAGAUGAAAACACCAGACACUCUAUACCCAAGCGUUUUCUGAACUCUUGGAGAGCUAGUGUGGUUGAAGCAGAAGCACUUCUCCUGGAGAAGCCAAGGGUUACCACUCCCUGCUCAGACCUCAACAAAACAAUUUCUGAAGGAACUACAAAUAACUCAGAAAACACAUUUUCUGUGCCAGUGGAAUUACCCAACUUAAGUCCUCUGACCAAUGGAACAGUUACACAAAAAGACCAUUUGAACACCUUACCACAUAAUCAGGGGUCUAAAAACAAAAAGAAACAAAGAAAGUCGUCAACGUAUUUAAAGAAAUCUGAGGAUUUUCUUUGUGAGAAGGAUAAGAUUACGGAAGCUUUGGACAGUCCCUAUUCUGACAUUGAUUCUGUACCGCAGAUCCGAAGAUGUCCCAAAAGCACUGAGGAAAUUUCAAAGCACUGCACUGUUAAUAAUCAGUCAAACUCAACCUCAAGUCAACUACCCAUUGUAAAUGACAAAGAAGUAAAGAAGAACAUAGAGAACCAUGGUGGCCUUUGGUUCAGCAAAACCGGGAAAGGUCAGGUCAACGGAGGACUUAGUCGUGCUGGCAUUAAAUCUGUGAACUGUUCUUUUGGGAAGGUAUCUUGUAAAAUUAAGAUGCCAGAUUGCACAAGCAUGAAACCCAAAGAUAAUCACAUCACUGGAAUUGAACAUCUAUCUACAGAAGCCAGGAAAGCUCUUGAUAGGAGAGUGAAGUGCCUUCCAGCUAGUAGUCGCCUGAUGACAAGAGCACUGAAGGCGAUGGAGGAGGCAGAGUGGAUGAAGAAACAACUGGUAAACCAAGAGUCAGUAUCAAAUGUCGAAACAGAGAAUUGUGUAUCUUUUUCUGAUGUUACAAUGCCUGAAACAACAGAUGUAGACAACAAUGUUCCUUCACAGAAUACACCAGCUAUAGCAGGAUGUGAUCUGAAAGAAGAUUCAAAAAGUAACAAACGCACAGAGUUAUCAUCGGAUCUUCUGAGUUGUAAAGAUGAUGCAAAUUUAGUCAAAUCUGAAGAUGAAGCUUCUUUGAUAUCUCAAGCACCUGUUGCCUUUCAUUCAUCCAAAUGCAAACAAGAGAGUCAUGCUUCCGAUUCAUCUUCUAGUUCUACUCCAUCUUUGUGCUUAAAGAUAGAAGAUGUGGAAAACAUGAAAGAAAUAACCUUCAAAUCACUAACAAAUGAUCAGAGUGGCCAGCCUUUGUCAUUUCAUCCUGAUGCAAAUUAUAAGUUUAGCACAUUUCUAAUGAUGCUCAAGGAUAUGCACGAUAGCCGGGAACAAGAUGGAACCACAUUGGUAAUAGAACCGUUACCCAUAAACAAACUUAUUAAAGAGGAGCCAUCACUGAUUCUGGAUGUUAAGGAUGAGAUGAACACAGUGGAUACAAAACUGGGUAAAAUUGCAUUAAAACAGAAGGUGAAGACGAAAAAUGUGACUUUGGACGUUCAGCCAACCUCUACUGUGUCAAAAAAUGCUCAAAGACCUAGCAAAAAAAUUUGUUCAAAAAAGAAAACCACUGAGAUCACAGCAAACAUCCACUCAAAAGUUAAAGUAGUAUCUGAGCACCAACCAUCCUCAGGAGAACCAGACACCAAGUUCUCAGCUAAUGUGCCUAAAAAGCGUUGGCAAAAGUUUGACCAAGCUAGUGACAAAGCGUUACAUGUAGUUGAAGGAACUUUUAUUCAAGAAACAGAACAAUCCCCCUCAAAACAUUGUGAAGUUUUGGUGGGUGAUAAAAAUAAGUUUUGUUCUUUUCUGCCUGGGAAGGAAACUACCAUUAAUGCAUCUGAAAAUAUUCAAGGCAACUGUCGAAAAAAUGACAUUCCAACAGAAUGCAAACGUAUUCGAAAACCUAGCAAAAGACUCAUAGAAUGGACAGAGGAAUACGAUCAGUUGUUUUCCACUAAGAAGAAAGCAAAAAAGAAACCUGAGUCCUUUACUAAGGUUGAAAGCAAUAACUGCAGUGGCCCAGUGGAGAAAACAACUGGCGAAAGUAUACAGAAACCUCAGGUAACAGAACAAGGUGUGUCAAGACCCCUGCCAGAAUCACAGACUCCUCCUCCGGAAGAUCUGUCUCGGAGCAUUUCUUCGAUAAAUCCCACGCCAUGUCAAGAGAGGCAGGUGCUGUCUGUAGACACUCUUACUCCACCUCCAGAAACAAUCCCAUCACCACGUGCUGAAAUUUGUCAUAAAGAGGAGUUACAAAAAAGUGCUGCAGCCUCUGGUAAUGGUGUGUGUUUAAGCACAAAGAGACAACGGAAGCCCACCAAAAAGAUUCUAGAAAGCUCCAUAGAAGCUGAACUAAUUCCUUUGCCAAAAAGAAAGGUGAAGUCACAGAAGAUUUUCUCAUCUGGACAAUCUGCAAAUUCAGGUAUGGGACAACAAUCAUCAAAAAGUAAGAACAAACUGUCUUUUGAGUCAGUUGACACACCACCUGCCCCAAUCCUAAAAAGCACAGAGAUGGAAACAGAAGUAGCCCUUGCAACACCUCAUGCUGUUAACCCUGAAUCAACGGAGGAUGGUUUAGAUCUCAAAUGCUCAGGCCCAGAGAUGGUUGAAUCCAGUUAUGGAUUGUGUUCUGAAAAAGAAGAAAAUUCACUUUCCGGUGAAGGAGUCUCUGAUAAAAGGCUCUCUGUGGAAAAAGGUGGCAGCACUUUACUCGAGGAGAAUGUGUGUCAGGCAUGUGAGAAGCAGGGAGACCUCCUUCUCUGUGAAGGGCAAUGCUGUGGGACGUUCCAUCCACAAUGCACUGGCCUGAAUGAGCCUCCUGCAGGGAAAUUUUUAUGUCAGGAGUGCACGUCUGGUAUACACUCAUGCUUUUCUUGUAAGAGCCUGGGUGAGGACGUCAGGCGCUGUAUGCUUCCAGGAUGUGGGAAGUUCUACCAUGGGGAGUGUGCUGCCAGCCAUGGACCCACAGUACCUCUGAACCGUGCUUUUCGUUGCUCUCUCCAUGCCUGCCUGGCAUGUUUCAUCACAAACCCUACCAAUCCAUCUCUAUCUAAAGGCCAGCUAACUCGCUGUAUCAGAUGCCCUGUGGCAUAUCAUGCCAACGAUUACUGCAUACCUGCUGGGAGUGUCACGCUCACUGACAGCAACAUAGUGUGUCCCAAUCACUUCACACCAAGAAAAGGCUGCCGCAACCACGAGCAUGUCAACGUUAGCUGGUGCUUCGUCUGCUCUGAAGGAGGUAGUUUGCUGUGUUGUGAGUCAUGUCCUGCAGCAUUUCACCGAGAGUGUCUGAACAUCGACAUGCCAGAAGGCAGCUGGUACUGCAAUGACUGUCGUGCUGGAAAGAAACCGCACUACAAGGAGGUAGUGUGGGUGAAAGUGGGCCGCUACAGAUGGUGGCCGGCAGAGGUUAGCAAUCCCAAAGACAUUCCUGAGAAUAUCCUACGCAUUAGACACGAUGUCGGAGAGUUCCCGGUUCUUUUCUUCGGCUCUAAUGACUACCUGUGGACCUACCAAGCCCGUGUUUUUCCUUACAUGGAGGGUGAUGCCAACAGUAAAGAGAAAAUGGGAAAAGGAGUUGACUCUACGUAUAAGAAAGCAUUGGAAGAAGCUGCAGUGAGAUUCAAAGAACUGCAAGCCGAGAAAGAACUACGGCAGCUGCAGGAGGACAGACGAAAUGACAAGAAACCUCCACCAUACAAACACAUUAAGGUAAACAAACCUAUUGGCAAAGUGCUGAUCAUUUCGGCAGACCUUUCGGAAAUUCCUCGUUGCAACUGCAAAGCGACGGAUGAGAACCCCUGCGGCAUGGAUUCAGAGUGCAUCAACCGCAUGCUGCUGUACGAGUGUCACCCACAGGUGUGUCCAGCAGGUGAGCGCUGCCAGAACCAGUGCUUCACUAAACGACAGUACUGCCACGUGGAGAUCUUCAGGACGCUGUCUCGAGGCUGGGGGCUGCGCUGUGUGCACGACAUCAAAAAGGGAGGAUUCGUUAACGAAUACGUCGGAGAGGUGAUUGAUGAGGAAGAAUGCCGUGCCCGGAUUAAACAUGCUCAGGAGAACAAUAUCGGCAAUUUCUACAUGCUAACGUUGGACAAGGAUCGAAUUAUUGACGCCGGGCCCAAGGGAAAUGAAGCCCGUUUCAUGAACCACAGUUGUCAGCCAAAUUGCGAGACCCAAAAAUGGACCGUUAACGGAGACACACGUGUUGGGCUUUUUGCACUUACAGAUAUCCCUGCUGGCACUGAGUUAACAUUCAACUAUAACCUUGAGUGUCUGGGGAAUGGGAAGACGGUUUGCAAGUGUGGUGCAUCUAAUUGCAGUGGAUUCCUGGGAGUGAGGCCAAAAAACAACCCCCCAUCGGAUGAUAAAGGCCGUAAGAUGAAGAAGAAGUCUCAGAUGAAGCGUAAAUCCCAGAAGGAAGUAAUCAAGGAGCGUGAAGAUGAGUGCUUUAGCUGUGGAGAUGGAGGACAGGUCGUGUCCUGUAAGAGGCCGGGCUGUCCUAAGGUUUAUCACGCCGACUGCCUCAGUCUCACCAAGAGACCUGCAGGCCGUUGGGAGUGUCCGUGGCAUCAGUGUGACUUGUGUGGGCUGGAAGCCGCUUCCUUCUGUGAGAUGUGCCCUAGCUCCUAUUGUGCCGAACAUCGAGAUGGCAUGCUUUUCAUAUCCAAACUGGAUGGCCGCUUGUCAUGCAGCGAGCAUGACCCCUGCGGCCCUGAGCCCCUGGAGCCUGGUGAGAUCCGGGAAUGCCCCCCGGAACUCAUGACAACAUACCCUAUAAAAUUAAUCAGAGCUGCCAAAACCAAAUCCGCAUCCCUAAACACUAAGGCUGCCUCGCAGGCCCCCUCUCCCCCCGAUGUAGCCCCUCAGGUGUCCAUCAGCCCCUCCAGGAGCCCUCCACCAAUUGACAUCUGUGCGUAUUCACCAAUUUCUCCCUAUGAGGAAGAAAAAGCAGAAGAAGAAGAAGAAGAAAGUUUGAUAGAAUUAGAAGGGGAUGGUGAGAAGAGCGUAACUCAAGAUAAUUCGGAACGACUGAGGAUAAAGAAGAAAACAGAAGUAUGAAGAUUUUGUCUAUGGAUACAACUGACCCAAGGUUUACAUUUCCCAACAGACCUCUUUUUAGCCAUGCUUUCACUACUGAUACACAUCAGCUUUUCACUACAACAUACUUGAAGAUGGUACACAAAACGAUUCGCAUCCAUGUCAGUAAUCAUUUUGAUGAACGGGACACUGAUUGAUGAAGAAAAAAUGGUUUCAAACACUGAUUAAAAAUAGAACUGACUUUAUGCGACGUCACGUGGUAUCAGAUUGUAGCCAAUGUUACAUUUUUACUUGCUAUAUCUGGUAUUAUGAAAGCUGUGUAACAUCCCAAAAACAGCUACAAUGAAGAGAAUGAAGAUAUAGUAUUUAGGGAAGGGAAUAUAUUUUUCCUUGGAAAUUCCAUUGCCUUCUUCAAGUCAAAUAAUAAUGACUACAAACCCAUUUACCAAAACUGAUUUAUGCUGUAUAUGUGCUCUGUGAGCAAAUGGUGCAAAAUUUAAGCUUAGGGGAAAUUUUGCUGUUUAGUAAGUUGUUCAUAUAUACUGCCUGGUCCAAAAAGUUACUGAAUGCUGAAGAGUCUAGGAUUGGGUAAUAAAAAUACUUCUGGUAUGUUUUAUGUUGGGCAACAUUUUUUAAACCCUAACUAAUGCACUGCACGGCUUUGCAUUUCCUAAACGGCCAAGUCAAAAGUCAUACACUUGUCCAUAUUCCAAGUUCAUUGGGACCACCUUUAGAAAAAUUGGCCUAGGCUUAUGAACUGUUGCCAAACAUACAACAUGCCAUAAACAUUUUAAACAUUGAAAUAAUAGUUGAUACCUUAAUAGGUAUUUGCUCAUUUAAAUCCAGAAAGCAAAGAAACUUGCCCAGGCAGUUUAUUAAAGUCCAAAGUACACAUUGGUUUUUACGCAAAGGCAUAUUAUGCAUACACUGUACAUGUGCAGACCAGUUUUUUUAAUUUGUACAUUACUAAUUAUUUGGGACACAAAGUGGCAGAAUUGGGGUAAACCAUGCUGGGUUUUGGGGACAAACCUGGUUCUCAGAAUAAGCAUAGGAGACUUUAGGGGCUUAAAGAUACACACAAGCAUAAUUUUAAAUAGUACAAGUUUUUAUCAAUUUCUAGAGAGAAAUAGUACAGACAUUUGAAAAAAGUAGUGCAUGUGUUCAUGUACGCUAUUCAUUGAAGUUCAUUUUGUAAGGCUGUGCUAAGCAUUUGCAUUAAAACUGAAGUUUACUUUGGACUUGAAUUACUUUGAGUGCAGUGAAUUGUGAUUAAUAAAUGUAAUUAAUAAGAUUAAAAUAUCCUAUCUAGCUGUUUGAAGCACUUUUGUAUAAUAAUCCAAAACUUGCCUGCUAGUAUGUUGAAACAGGAUCGGAAUAUUUACACGUAUGCUCAUAAUUUAUUUUAGAUCAUUAAGGAAAUUUACAGAAUUGUCUUUGAAUGAAUUUUUGCCAAACUGGCACAAAAUCCAGAAAAACUUGAUGCAGUCUGCAAAGAAAGUGUUCUGAUCGAUCAUAUCCACUGAAGAGAACGAUAUUCCCAAAAGUCUUUGGUGUAAAUUAUGCUGUGAAUUUAAAGGUCAGCUGUGUGUUUUUUUUUAAACACUUGUGGCAUCCAGUUGUUACUAAACUUUCAAACAAACAGGAAGUCCUGUCCCAACUUACACCAAUCAUUGAGAAAGUGCAAAUAUGUGCUAGGUCUCUUAACUGAACUAGUCAGAUGAGUGUGUUCUGUCUUGCUGUAUAUAUAUAUUUUUUAUACAUUAAAUCUAUAUGGAAUAAGAUAACAGGCUUUGCAGGCCUGAAAAUUAAACACUCCCAGUCAAGUCUAUGGCAUUCAGUGAAUUCAUGUUAAAUUUUUCAUAAAGGCUGAUACAUGCAAUUUGGACUUAAACCAUAUAGUGUAAAACACUAAUUGCCAAUGAAAGCCCUAAUAGUCUUCUGUGAAGCUAAUGUAUAGGACAAAUGAUUGUGGCUUGUUGCAUGACACUCCUAAAAUUUCCCUGCUGGUUUUCCUUACCCCCAUCAAACUGUUCUUCAUAAUAAACAGCAUUUAAUUUUUUUUUAAACUGUAUUUAUGUAUAUAAUUGCACUUCAUAGUUUUAACGCUGCUCUAAGAGUCAUUCCACUUCAGUAUAUUUCAGGCAAAAGGGAAAAAAAAAAUCUGUUGCCUUGUUAGAGACUUUAAUUGUGCUGUAGUGCUUUGUACAGAAUAAACAACAGUGCGCA